AUGAGAGCUGAGGAAAUCCCAGAAUUGAAGUGGUGGUUAAAUAAGCCAGCAGAUUAUAAGUGGCUGCAUCACGAUUACGUGAAUGAAAUGUUGAAGAUGAUGGCACAUGAAGUUAUAAACAUACAUAUAAGAAAAAUAAAAUCCGCGGAAUAUUAUUCUAUCAUCGUGGAUGAAACAAUGGAUGUAUCGAGAUUAGAACAAAUUUCAAUUAGCUCCCGAAUAACAUUGCCGGAUUUUACUGUAAAAGAAAUAUUCAUGGGUUUUUAUGAAACCAGUAAUACAAAGUCGGAAACUCUUCUUAAUAUAAUAAAAGAUAUCCUAUUACGUUAUGAGCUAGAUAUUACUAAAUUAAGAGGGCAAUGUUUUAACGGCGCCGCAAACAUGAGCGGAAAAUAUUCUGGCGUGCAAACGCUACUUCGCAAGUUGGAAUCCAGAGUCCUAUUUGUUCAUUGUACGGCACAUAUAUUAAAUCUGGUUGCUCAAGAUGCCAUGAAGAACGUAGAAAUGAUUAAUAACUUUAUUGGAGUAGCCAAAGAUGUGAUAAGCUUUAUUCGCGAUUUUCCAAAACGAAUCGCAAUAUUUAAAGAUUUACAGGCAACAUGCGAUGAAAAUCUACCGGCUCUAUCGUCGUUUUGUCCAACAAGGUAA